AUGGUGAGGUCCAUUAGCUUUGAAAGAAAACAAGGGGAGGUAGACUUGGGAACAUGUAGGGAAGAAUCAGAAACUCAACACAGGUCUAUUGGGUCUGAUAAAAUGAGUUUGCGAAGGUCAAUAAGCUUCAAAAAUUGGGAAUUCACAGAACCAAAACUUGAAGCAUCUGAACAAACAUUUGAGAAAUCUGGUUCAACCUCUUCGGUUGGAAGAAAUUGUGAAAAGUUGCAGAUAAACAAACCUACAAUUGUGCUUCCUGAACCAAUGGUAUAUUUUUCUCCAAAGCCAGUUAGUGAGCUUGAUGCUGCAGCAACCAGGCUGCAGAAAGUGUACAAGAGUUACAGGACCAGGCGUAACCUUGCAGAUUGUGCUGUUGUGGUUGAGGAACUAUGGUGGCAGGCCUUAGACUUUGCAGCUCUGAAACGAAGCUCUGUGUCCUUUUACAACACUGAGAAACAUGAGAGCGCCGAGUCACGGUGGGCACGGGCUAGGACAAGGGCUGCCAAGGUAGGGAAGGGUUUGUGCAAGGAUGAGAAGGCUCAGAAACUUGCUCUGCAGCACUGGCUUGAAGCUAUUGAUCCACGCCAUCGGUAUGGACACAAUUUGCAAUUCUACCAUGAUGUCUGGUCUGAUUGCAGGAGCAUCCAACCUUUCUUCUACUGGUUGGAUGUUGGUGAUGGUAAAGACACAAACCUCAAGAAGUGCCCGAGAGCUGUUUUACAACGUCAGUGCAUCAAAUAUCUUGGACCGAAAGAGAGGGAUGCAUAUGAAGUGAUUGUGGAGAAUGGAAGGCUGGUCCACAAGCCAUCUGGGAUGCCUGUUGAAACAGUUGAAGGUUCAAAGUGGAUUUUUGUGCUGAGCACAUCAAGAGCUUUAUAUGUUGGGCAGAAAAGAAAAGGCUCUUUCCAGCACUCAAGUUUUCUAUCUGGAGGGGCUACAACUGCAGCUGGAAGAUUGGUUGCCCACAAUGGUGUUCUUGAGGCGAUAUGGCCUUACAGUGGUCACUAUCUCCCAACUGAGGACAAUUUCAAGGAAUUCAUCAGCUUCUUGGAAGAGCACCAUGUAGACCUAACCAAUGUCAAGAUGUGCGCAACAGAUGAUGACAAAGCAUCCUACAAGGCUCCUUAUGAUGAUUUGUCUAAGACAGAAUUGAAUGGGCCUAUAACCAAUGACCCAAAUCCAAUCACACAACAACAUGAGAGCAUGGGGUCCAAUGCAGAAGCACCAGCCUUUGACCUGUCCAGGCCUUUGUCUUGCAAGUGGACCAGUGGGCUUGGUCCACGUAUUGGCUGUGUAAGGGACUAUCCAGCAAACCUACAAUUUAUGGCACUUGAACAAGUCAACCUUUCACCAAAGGUCUCACUGGGCCACCAUGGAAGUGGUGCUCCAAUCCCCUCACCUAGACCAAGCCCGAAAAUCCGGGUCUCUCCUAGGCUUGCCUAUAUGGGUCUUCCUAGCCCAAGGGUACCUGUUCCCACUGCCAGUUAG